AUGGAGGUCCUCAAUAGACCUGCCGUUCAGGCGUCUGGUGUACCAAUUUCCUGGACGCUUUAUUUCCCUAGCGAGGAGUUCUCUCCCGAGGACAGACGAGCCGAGCUCAUCAAAUCGCUCAUUGACGGAUUCCUCACGGAGAAAGGCCAGCAGCUGCUGCAGCAGGCCGAUCCUAAGGAGCUGUCUCUGUUUUCAAGAUGGACGGUCAGCAUGGAGUCGUUGAAGCAGCAUCUGCAGCCUGCGUGCAGCACUGGCCAGAGUGAUCUGGGCGCAGCUGCAGAGUUGCUGCUUCAAGCGCUUGAAGCAGCGCCUGAGGAAGCACUGGCCUGCCUCGGUGCUGCUGCCACUGAGAUGUUUCUGGAGAGAGGCCUGAUCGAGGCCCCAGCACUCCCCUCUGCGUCAGCAUGUGCCUCACAGCAUGCCUCGUCUCGCCUGGCUGUGAGGCUGGUGGAUCACACUGAUUCGAUUAUUGAAUUCAAGAAGCUCAAAGCCAGCAGCCUCGGUGAGUCUAUUAUUUCAGCAGACUCGGUAGCAAUCCUGUACAUCUGGUCGUCCUUUCGCCUGGCUGUGAGGCUGGUGGAUUACAAAGACUCAGUCAUCGAGUUUAAGAAGCUCAAAGCCAGCAGCCUUGAUCGGCUGGUGACAGUGUGUGGGACAGUGGUGCGAGUAGGUCCACUGCGGCCUCUAGUGGUUGCUAUGGAUUUCACCUGCACGCGCUGUGGCGCCAUCACCUCCCUCUCCUUCCCGGAUGGGCGCUUCUCCCAGCCUACAGCCUGCGGUCAUGACAACUGCCGCAACCGCACCUUCCUGCAAAACCGGGCAGGUGCCCGGAAAAUAAACUUCCAAACCAUACGUCUCCAGGAGCCGACCGGUGGCACUGGUGGAGGCGAGGACAUGGGGAGGAUGCCGCGGGUGGUGGACUGCGAGCUCAGGGAGGACCUGGCGGAUGCAUGUCUUCUCCAGGAGCUGACAGGCGGCACGGGAGGGGGCGAGGACAUGGGGAGGAUGCCGCGGGUGGUGGACUGCGAGCUCAGGGAGGACCUGGCGGAUGCAUGCCUGCCGGGGGACGUGGUGGCAGUGUGUGGGAUUGUCAAGAUCAUCAACAACGAGACGGACGUGGGAGGAGGUGAGCUCUACAUUGAUGCCAUCUCUGUCGUCAACGCCAACUCCCAGUCCACUACCCCAAGCCCCACCGCCACCACUGCUGCAACUGCCACCCCUGCUCUCCGCUCUCCUCCCUCUGCGGGUGGUGCGAGUGGAGGGGCGGUGGAGCUGGGGGAGGAGGACCUGAGGGGCAUAUUGGAUUAUGUGGUGGAGCAUGAGGGCGAGGGCGACCUGUUUCAGCACCUCGUGCACUCCUUCUGCCCCUCCAUCUACGGCCAUGUGCUCGUUAAAGCUGGGGGAGGAGGACAUGAGGGGCAUGUUGGAGAUGGGGGAGGGGAGGAGGACAUGAGGAGCAUACUGGAGUAUGUGGUGGAGCACGAGGGGGAGAACGACCUCCAUCUACAGCCAUGUGCUCGUGAAAGGUGGGCUGACUUGUCUAUUCUCCGCUCUCGGCUGUGUGCUGCUAUUGGUGCGAGUGGAGGGGCGGUGGAGCUGGGGGAGGACAACAUGAGGAAGAAGGUGAUCUGUUUCAGCACAUCGUGCACUCCUUCUGCCAUUCCGUCUAUGGCCAUGUGCAGGACAAAGAAGGUGAUCUGUGUCAGCACAUCGUGCACUCCUGCUGCCAUUUCGUCUACGGCCGCGCCUUGUUUCUCCGUGGUACGGUGGCACCUGCAGUUGCUUCCCUCUUCCUCCCUGCUUUCGUCUCCCCUGUCUCUCUCACUCGCAGCGGGCAUUAUACUGUCGCUCUUUGGAGGUGUGCGCAAGCAUGAAGGGGAUGCCAACCGCGUGCCAGUCAGGGGAGAUGUGCACGCGCUGCUAGUGGGCGAUCCAGGCAUGGGAAAGAGCCAGCUGCUCAAGGCAGCAGCAGCGGUGGCACCUCGUGGGGUGUAUGUGUGUGGCUCUGGGGCCUCUUCUGUGGGGCUCACAGUGGCCGUGGUCAAGGACGGGCCUGGCGGGGAGUACGCCUUCGAAGCAGGAGCCAUGGUGAUGGCAGAUCAGGGCACGUGCUGCAUUGACGAGUUUGAUAAGAUGGGCAACGAGCAACAGGCGCUAUUGGAGGCCAUGGAGCAGCAGAGCGUGAGUGUGGCCAAGGCAGGUCUGCUGGCAAACUUUAGUGCGCGCACUGCUGUGCUGGCUGCUGCUAACCCCGUUGGCGGGCAUUACAAUCGAGCGCGCACACUAAACGAGAAUCUGAAGCUGUCUGCCGCGCUCCUGUCAAGAUUCGAUUUGAUCUUCAUUCUCCUGGACCGGCCAGACCACCACACGGACCAGCGUCUAUCAGAGCACGUGCUGCAGAUGCAUGCAGGCAUGCCGUCUCGCUCCAAGGCAUCCAAGCGCAGCUCCCAUCUCUUCCUGACAGCCCCAUCAGCAACGGAUGGCCAUGCAUCGCACCUCGACCUGCCUCUCUCUCACCGCCUGCGCCUGCGCUCAUCUGCUGCCCGCAACUUCUCCCCCCUCUCCCCUGCUCGCCUGCGCCAGUACAUUGCAUACGCUCGCACGCAUGUGCACCCCAGGCUCUCAGAGGAGGCGCGGGCAGUGAUCAAGGCGUUCUACCUGCGGCUAAGGGAGCACAGACGAGCUAUGGACGGCCCUGCAGUCCCACAAUGCAUCAUUAUUUCCCUCGCCAAACCCACUGCCAUCCCUUGUGUUUCUGCCGCUCGUUUUGACUACAGGCUGUCAGAGGAGGCGCGGGCAGUGAUCAAGGCGUUCUACCUGCGGCUAAGGGAGCACAGACGAGCUAUGGACGGCCCUGCAGUCCCACAAUGCAUCAUUAUUUCCCUCGCCAAACCCACUGCCAUGCCUUGUGUUUCUGCCGCUCGUUUUGACUACAGGCUGUCAGAGGAGGCACGUGCAGUGAUCAAGGCGUUCUAUUUGCGGCUGAGGGAGCACAGCCGCGCCAUGGAUGGCCCUCCAGUCCCACAAUGUAUCAUUAUCUACCUCGCCAAACCCACUGCCAUCCCUUGUGUUUCUGCCGCUCGCUUUCACUACAGGCUCUCAGAGGAGGCACGUGCAGUAAUCAAGGCGUUCUACCUGCGACUGAGGGAGCACAGCAGAGCCAUGGACGGCCCUCCAAUCACAGCGCGCCAGCUGGAGAGCCUCGUCCGGCUCGCCGAGGCUCGGGCCCGCGUGGAGCUGCGGGAGGAGGUUACCGAGGCUGAUGCGCAAGAGGCGGUGGAGCUGAUGGGGGAGUGUCUGCUGGAUAAGCUGACAGACGAGGCGGGCAACAUAGACGCGGGUCGGGGCGGCAGCUCGAGCAAGUCAAAGGAGUCAAAGCGGUUCCUUGCUGCGCUGCAGCGCACUGCUAAGCAGGCCAUCAAGACAUGCUUCUCAAGGAAGUCAAAGAAGUCAACGCCGUUCCUGGCCACCCUGCAGCGCACCGCCAAGCAGGCCAUCAAAACGUGCUUCUCAAGAUAG